AUGAGUUGCAGUAAAAGCAAAGGCAAAGAGGAUGAAAAGUGCGAGAAGCCUGCGAGGAAAUCAGUCGAAGGGGUGUUGUCUCAGAAUGGAUCGAUUGUGGCCUCCCCAUGUUUGACCAUCGAUGAAAGCGUGCUUAUUGACCCAAAAUCCCUAUUUAUCGGGCUGAAAAUUGGAGAGGGAGCUCAUGGCAAAGUAUAUCAAGGAAAGUAUGGAGAUCGAAUUGUUGCCAUCAAAGUUCUCAACUGUGGCAACACAUCAGAAGAAAGAACUAUGCUUGAGAGUCGUUUUAUUAGGGAAGUGAUGAUGAUGUCCAGAGUAAAGCAUGAAAACCUUGUUAAGUUUAUUGGAGCAUGUAAAGAUCCUUUGAUGGUGAUUGUUACAGAACUUUUACCGGGAAUGUCACUCAGAAAGUAUUUAUCCAGCAUGCGUCCAAAGCAGCUGGACCUGCACGUGGUGUUAAAUUUUGCUCUUGACAUUGCUCGAGCCAUGAACUGUUUACAUGAAAAUGGGAUUAUACAUAGAGAUUUAAAACCUGAUAAUUUGUUGCUCACUGCCAAUCACAAGUCUGUGAAGCUUGCAGAUUUUGGUCUUGCCAGAGAAGAAACUGUAACUGAGAUGAUGACUGCAGAAACUGGGACAUAUCGUUGGAUGGCACCAGAGUUGUAUAGUACCGUGACACUUCGUCAAGGGGAGAAGAAGCACUACAAUAACAAAGUUGAUGUUUACAGUUUUGGUAUUGUCCUCUGGGAAUUACUGACAAAUCGCAUGCCAUUUGAGGGAAUGUCAAAUUUGCAGGCUGCUUAUGCAGCUGCUUUCAAGCAGGAGCGGCCUAAUCUUUCAGAAGACAUCCCAACAGAUCUAGCAAUCAUUAUACAGUCAUGUUGGGUUGAGGAUCCUAAUAUGCGACCCAGCUUCAGUCAUAUUGUUCGGAUGCUCAAUGAAUACCUCUCCAGACUUCCUCCUCAGUCUCCAUCUUUGCCUGAACCUAACUUCUCUGUGGAAGCAAUGACAAGCAACGAAGGCCAGGAACUCAUAAUAACAGGAAUUCAUUUAGAAGACACUGUACAGAGGCAGAAACUGUGUGGAGAUUCCAACUUUAGAGGCAAAUGUCAGAGCUCGUUGACGGAUGAGAGGCUGAUUCUCCCGACUGUUGGGGAUACACAAUGCCAUGUUUGGGAAGAAGCCAUUGGGAAAAGCCAUGUUGAAGGUGAAGGAAGUACACUGAAGCUAGACUCAAUCUGCAGGAUGGAAUUGUUUAGCCAAUGGAAUUGUUUAGCCAAGGGACAGGAUUUUCAACUGAGUAUUACUUUCUUUGAUGAUGCAAUUCAUGCAGAGAGAAAAAUGGACACUCAAAAGUUCGAUCCAAAGCCAACAACUUCCAUUUCAUUCUCAACUCUUCAAAAGCUAUUCACAGAUUCUCAAUCGAGCUUAAGUUUCACCCAUGUCUUUUCAAAUUAA